AAGAUGGCGCCGGCUGCGGUUUGAAUUCCAGCGGCGCCGCCGGAGCCCGAACGAGACCUGGGCUGGAGGGGGCGGGACUGGGCAUCGGCGCCGGCCGCCUCGGCCACGGCCCCCCGGCGCCCGCGACCACCGCGCCGCCACCGGCCGGGCCUUCCAUGGCCUCCGGCCCGGACGAAGACGCCAGUCUCCCCGCGACGCGCCGCGGCUGCAGCGGCCUUGUUCCCAGUCUGCCAGCUAACCUGGGGGACGUCAGCGCCACUGCCGCUCUGGGAAAUGGUGUGCUCCCAGGGGCGUCAGAAGAAACGGUGUCUCCCACCAGAGCACGGAACAUGAAGGACUUUGAACAUCAAAUCACUGAAUUGAAGAAGGAAAAUUUUAACCUAAAGCUUCGCAUCUAUUUCCUGGAGGAAAGAAUGCAGCAGGAGUUUGAUGGCCCCACUGAGCACAUCUGUAAAACCAACAUCGAGCUCAAGGUGGAAGUGGAGAGUCUGAAGCGGGAGCUCCAGGAGAGAGACCAGCUGCUCCGGAAAGCCUCCAAGGCCGUUGAGAGCCUGGCCGAAGGAGGCGGCUCCGAGGUGCAGCGGGUGAAGGAAGAGGCCCAGAAGCAGGUGCAGCAGGUGGAGGAGCUCCUGACUCAGAGGAUCCGCCUGCUCGAGGAGGAUGUGAAAACCUCCCAAGCAGAACUGGAAAAGGCCUUUGCAGCGACGAAAACGGAGAUGACGCUUCGGCUGAACUUGGAAAACAAGCUGGCGGAGACGCAGCAGCUGCGCCAGGGGGACCUGGACAUGGCUCAGGCCCUGGAGCAGAAGGACAGACUGAUUGAGGAGUUGAAGCUGUCUCUGAAGAGCAAAGAAGCUUUAAUUCAGAGCCUUAAGGAGGAGAAAUCUCCGGCUCCUGAUGAGAAUGUGUCAUCCGGAGAGCUUCGAGGCCUUUCUGCUGCUUUGAGGGAAGAAAAGUACCGGGAAAGUGAGGCUGCACAGAUGGACCUCCAGGAGGAGAGAAAACACCUGGAAGUGCAGAUUCAGGCACUUCAGGAGGACCUGAGAGAGAAGGGAAGAGAAAUUGCGACAGAAAAGAAAAAUAGUUUCAAGCGGGAUAAAGCCAUUCAGGGUCUAACCAUGGCAUUAAAGUCAAAGGAAAAAGAGGUUAAAGAACUUAACUCUGAAAUCGAAGAGCUCAAGACGGCCUUCACCAGAGCCCGGGAAGCCGCCCAGCAAGCAGAGGCUGACAAGCUCCAGGGCUCAGAGGAUUACGAAGCGGCGCUACAAGAAAAGGCAGCCCUCCUGACCGAUCUGCGCUCGGAGAACCUCAGCAAGAACACGGAGAACCAGAAGCUGCGUCGGAGCAUCAAGAAGCUCACGCAGGAGCUGUGUGACGUGCAGCAGGAGAGGGGCAGGCUCGAGCGGGAGCUGGAGGAAGCCCUGGGCGAGAAGAGCAGAGCUGAUGGCACCAUUCACGACCUCCGAAGUGAAGUUGAGAAGUUACACAGUGAAGCCAAGGAGAGAGAGAGAGAAGCGGAGAAGCAUCACAGGAGCCCUUUGGGCGAAGGUCAGAAACUGCCGGCCCAGGAGCGGGAGAUGGGAUGCCCCCCGGAAAGCGCCAGUCAGAAAGACUUGAUGCUUCAGGUGGCGCUCUCCGACUGUCUCCGGAUCGCCAGUUUGCCGGGCCCAGGGGGACUCACCCUCAGGGCAGCGGUAGAGCCAGAACUCUCCACGUGCUGUUUGCAUAAUGGGAGGAUGUGCUCUUUGCAAACUCUGCCCUUCAUGUCAGGUGCCCUUUGUCGUUUCCAGGAAAAGCAACAGUUGGACUACGAGGAGCUGAUCCAGGUCUUAAAGAAAGAGCAGGCCAUCUAUACCCAGCUGGUCAAGUCUCUGCGGGACUCGGGCAGUCUCAGCACCCUACAAGCCGAGCUGAACCACAUUCUGGCCUUGCGGACGCAGCUGGAGCAGGACGUGCUCUCCUACCAGAAUCUGAAAAGGACGCUGGAGUUGCAGACCAGUGAGAUCCGGAGGCGGGAAGAAGAGUCGUUCUCCUUUUAUAGCGAUCAAACAUCCUACCUGAGCAUCUGCCUCGAGGAGCACAGUCGGGUUCAAGUGGAGCAUUUCUCUCGAGAAGAACUUAAGGAGAAGGUCAUCAACCUCAUUCAGCUAGUGAAGGAGCUGUACACGGACAACCAGCACCUGAAGAAAACCAUUCUUGACUUCUCCUGCCUGGGUGUCCCCAGAGAUGAACAGUCAGCCGUGCAGACGGAGCUUCUGGCUAGCAAGGAGGACGAGGACACGAUUGGAAGUGGAGAGGACGGCGAGACUAAUCUCCCGAGUGGGCAGACUUCGGAGCAGAGCAAUGAGAGCACAAUGGACCAUUCCGAAGGGGGCUGCAAAAACGGAUACUUUCGGCACACGGAUCCCACUGUUUCAGACAGUGGUGGUGCCCACAAACCUCCAGCCCAGAGUCUGGAAGAAGGCGAGCUGCUAACCCUGGUUGCCCCUUUCUUCAACGAGAAGGCCACGGCGUUCCUGGAAUCCAGGCCGGAGCUGCUGGAGGUGCUGUGGGACCUGCUUCUGGAGCAGAUGUGCCUCCUAGAGCAGGAGGUCUUGGGAGACCGCCUCGACAGCAAGACCAAGAAGACCCUGAAGCAGAUGGCCGCUCGGCUCAAGGGUGAGCUUGGCCACGUCAUCCGCCCCGGCGCACUCGCUCAGCCGCACUCCGCGUGGAAGUCGCUUCUCGGAGUCCCCCGACUGAAGGCGGGCGAGGCCCCCAAGACGGAGCUGAAGGACGCCUCGGCGCAGACCGUGGCCAUGGAGGGCGACGCGCCCCGCUUCCGCCACGAGGGUAGGAGAGAGGCUUGGGAGGAGAAGCCGCCCGAGGCCCUGUGCAGCGCUGAGCACCAGCCCGAGCACGAGCCCUUGCACAGGAUACCAAGGCGACAGAAUUCGAAGAAGUCCCGCCUGCCCAUCCCCAUCAAGACGUCCCGCUCUUUGGGGAGUAUGUACCGGCGCCCGGGCACCCAGCGCCUGGUGGCCCAGCUGCAGGGCCAGGUCUUGGAACUGCAGGGGGAGCUGAAGGAGUUUAAAAUCCGUAACAAGCACCUUCACCAGAAGUUGAUCCUGGCUGAGGCCAUGAUGGAGGGGAGCCCGGCAGCAGAGCAGCCACUCCGGAACGGCCAGCCCUUUGUGGGAGCAGCGUACCAGGAGAGCCCAGGAGAGCAGAAAGGACUGAGCACCUCACCCUCUGUCUGGACGGACAAGGUGGCGAACGAUGGUCAGCGAUCCAGCCACGAGACAGACCCCGAGACCCACCAGCCCGACGACCUUCCCAUCUCUCUGGUGCACAGAGAGACGCCUUCCCCGGACCUUUCCGACCCGAUUUCCGUUGGGACCUCCGCGGACUGCAAGAGCCAGUUCUCCGUCACUGGCAGCGGGACCCAGGAGUCGGACGCCUCAGACGACACAGCCUUCCUGAAGCGGAAGAUCUUGGACCUGGAGGCGGAGAACGAGGCCUACCGGCAUUUCCUGUCCCAGCUGCGGAAGCGCGCGCAGUGCAGUGAGGCCAUCAUCACCGUCCUGCAGGACGGCGCCGGCAAGUCCGUGGGCAGUGCCGACGAGGAGGAGAUGACCUUUUCGAGUCUGCACCGGGUCCACUACGUGAAGCAUAUGCAGAUCCUCCACCCGCUGACCCCCGAGAUGAUGGGUGACGAUGGGGUGCUCGAGAGCCUCCAGCAGCAGUUGGUGGAGCAGGACUGUGCGUUGCAGAAGGGGCAGAACUUGGACGUGGACUUGUUCAGUGAGAUCCGUCACCUGCCCAGUAGGUUUCAAGAUCUCUCUCCAUCCAGGUACGAUUCAUUAGUUCAGUCCCAAGCCAGGGAGCUGUCCCUUCACCGACAGCAGCUCAAAGAUGGCCGUGGCAUCUGUAUCGUGUAUCGCCAACACAUGGACACCAUGAUCAAGGCGUUCAAGGAGCUGCUGCAGGCGAGCCAGGUGGAUUAUUUUGUGGCUGAGGGUUUCCAGGAGCAGCUGAAUCAAUGUGCUGAGCUGCUCAAGAAAUUGGAAACGCUCUUUUUCAGCGGUAAAGUAGCGGAAGUGGAAAUGAACCCCCAGAACGAAGAGCUCGAGAGGGUUGAAGAGACCAGCACCACCUACCAGCACCUUCUGCCUGAGUCUCCUGGACCUUCCGUGUCUCAAGCUCUGUCUGACUUUGACACGUCGGAGAAGUCGUCGUCCUCACCAGACCAGAAGCCAGACAGCGAGAUGGAGAAGACUUCUCUGGGGCCCAACACUCUUCUUUCUCAGGACUUACUAAUGGAACAUAUACAAGAAAUCCGAAGUUUGAGGAAACGUCUAGAAGAAUCUAUUAAAACAAAUGAGAAGCUACGGAGACAGCUGGAACGGCAAGGAUCUGAAGCAGAUCAAGGUUCGACCAACGUUUGUGCUUAUGGUUCGGAGCUGCACACUUCUCUGACAUCAGAAAUACAUUUCCUGCGGAAGCAGAACCAGGCCCUCAAUGCCAUGCUGGCCAAAGGAUCCAGAGAUAAACAGAAGGAGAAUGAAAAGUUGCGCGAGUCCCUCUCCAGAAAGACGGCGAACUUUGAGCGGCUCCAGGAGGACUACGCCUGGCUGAAGGGCGAGAAGGAACGGCUGCAGGAGGAGCUGGACGAGCGGGAGCGGCAGAACCGCAGCGAGCUGCAUCGGGUGCAGGAAGAGGUGGAGCUGAGGCAGCAUUUGCUCCAGGCCCUGCGCGUGGAGCUGAAGGUGUAUGAGAAGCUGGACAAGGAGCACCAGACGGCGCCCAGAGAGACCAGAGCCGAGGCAGCAGGAGAAGGCUGGCGGGGGCAGGACGCCCUCGCGGACCUGCCCAGCCUCCUGACAGAGAUCCAGGCUCUGCGGGCACAGCUGGAAAGGAGCAUCGAGACCAACAGCACGCUGCAAGGCAAGCUGGAGCAGCAGCUAGCGCAGGCGCCAAGGGAGGUCCCCGGAGCUGCCCGCUCUGCCAUCCUCCUGGCCCCGUCUGGCCUCGUGCAGCCCCAGCAGCUGGACACACACGAUGGCGACAGCGAUCCCGGCCCCGUGGCAACGGAUCAUUCGUAUGAUCUGUUUGAUUCCAACCUGGCCAUGCCAGCCAGAUCAGCUUCUGAGGCGCCUUCGCUCUCCGGAAAUGACGUGGACUCCCUCUCCAGCCACAGCAGCAGCUCAGCCACCAGUGCCACAUACCUGUCCCCCUCGGUCCCCGGUCAGCGCCCGUGGGCCAGCCAGGACGGCCUCCACGUGUUGGGCUUGCUGGAGCACUAUGACAACCUGCGCACACAGAUUGGCCAGGGCCAGAAGCUCCUGGCCGAGAUGGACAGUCAGAUCCAAGAGGCUCCCAGCCCCACCGGCCGAGAGCCGGGAGCCAGGACGCCGCGUCCUGUGCCCACCGGCCACCUUGUCACCUACGUGAGCACAGCCAGGCUGGUUCUGGAAAAGGCCGCAAAGUCACUGACACUCUUCUGGAGGGUUUCGCUCCCCGCCACCAACCCCUGCCAGCAGGGCGCGGAAAUGAAGGCAGAGAUCGCCAAACUGCAAAAGAAACUGUUGGAGCAGGAGAAGAAGUUGCAGAGCACCAUGAAGCACCUGCAGCUGAGCAAGCACCAGGAGAGGGUCAUCUUCGACCAGCUGGUGGUGACCCACAAGAUCCUUCGGAAGGCCCGGGGAAACCUGGAGCUUCGGCCUGGAGGAGCCCAUGCAGGAACUCCCAGUCCCAGUAGACCUGGCUCCUGAGGACAAUCGCAGCCAAUAAAGCCUGUGCUUCCCCCCCCAA